AAGCCAUGUGAAGAGUAUCAUGAUAAUAACUUUGAAAAGGAAAAGAAUUUCAACCGGUUUUUUAAAUUGGAACAAGCAUUGGAUGCUUCAGGAGAUGAAAAAAUCCCGAGAUCGGUGAAUAACGAAUCGAAUAGUAUCAGCAAAGAUCUAUCAGUGGGGGGCUCUUUAAAAGAUGAUCUAGAGGAAAUUUCUGAAGAUCGCCCAAAAGCUAAAUUCGAUACCCAAUUAUUGUUAAGUGACUCACCAAAGACAGAAUCAGCAGUAUUAGAAAACACUGUAUUUUCCCCUAACACUCAUAGACCUUCAUUGAGGGAUAUACCUGGGAUUGAAAAUAUAGAGAUAUCUUCACCUGAUCAGGAUGUUGAUAAGCCAUACGGUACUUUUCGCAUGGCAUUAAAAAUGAGAUCAAAUAAAAAUAUUCUAUAUGGGAAGUCUCCCAAACAUCAAGAUCCCCAUUUCAACAAUCUAGAUGAUGAAAUAGAUUCUCAUUUGUACUACCAUUCUCGAAGAAAUGUACUAUUUAAGUGCUUUCCAAGCAAAACUCUGGUGUACCAGGACAACAUGCGAGAAACUCAUAACGAAAAUACCGAUUUUGCACCCGACUUGGAAUCAGACAAGCAAAUACCUGACGAACAAAUACCCACCAUUCCAACAACCCCAAAUAGCUUAUCAGACAGUCUUACAGCAAUUAAGGGAAUAUUUCAACAAAAGUAUAAAUCUAGCUUCUCGCGAGAUAAAAAUAAACGGCGGAAUCUUAGUGUUCGGUUCGUUUCACCUAUUCUAUCGCCAAUAGAAAUGACGAAUAAUGAAGAGAACGAAGACGAUAACAAUAAUACUCAAGGCACAAAAUGA